GUGACGUCACGCGUGGCUGUGUCACCUUUUUUGUAUAUUUUUAUUGGUAUUAUCACAUUUAUCGGCAAAUUCUUGACUAAACAUAAAUAAAUGCCCGCUAAUCAUGGUUCGACGGUGUUGCUGGCAAUUGCAUUGAGUGGUUGAGAGGCCUAGCACAAUGACAAAAGACGCAGAAAUCGAGAAGGAGUAAAGAAGUUCUGUGACCAAUUUGCAAAAACUAAGAAACCAUUUACAGAUUUCCACAAAAAUGGAGGAAGUGCCUGUUCAUCCACUGAGCCAGGAUCCCACGGCUGCCUGGCGGGAUAUUAGCAAGUCGCAGCGCGUAAUCAAGGUCACAAUGAAGCCGCCGACGACGACGGUGGCUCCCAACAAGGCCCGGGUGGUGUGCAUGUCCGACACCCACUCCCUGACGCCCUACAUCAAGUUCGACAUACCCGAUGGCGACAUAUUUAUCCACGCAGGCGAUUUCACCAAAUGCGGCCAGCUGGAGGAAGUGGAGGAGUUCAACAAUUGGAUUGGCGGUCUCCCGCAUCGCCACAAGAUUGUGAUUGCCGGCAAUCAUGAGCUGAGCUUCGACAGCACCUUCACCCAUCCGUUCCAAAAGGGUGGCGCCGGACAGGGAAGCGGCAAAGGUCAUGCCUCGAGCAGCAAGCACACCGGCAUGUCUAUCCUGGACGAUUUGCCCACACUGGGCAAUGCCAAGGAGAGUCUAGAGAGUGCGGUGCAGACACAAAAUGUGCGUCAAGUGCUUACGAAUUGCCGGUAUAUCGAGGAUGAGUUGCUGGAGAUUUGGGGCAUACGGAUUUAUGGUUCACCAUGGCAGCCCGAGUUCUGUCGCUGGGCCUUCAACGUCCCUAGAGGUGCUCCGUGUCUGGCAAAGUGGAACCAAGUGCCCGAGGGCAUUGACAUCUUGAUAACGCACACACCACCCGUGGGUCAUGGAGAUCUCUGCUGCUCCGGCGUUCGAGCGGGAUGCGUGGAGCUCCUGAGCACGGUGCAGCAGCGAGUGCGACCCAAAUACCAUGUCUUUGGCCAUGUACACGAGGGCUAUGGCAUCACCAGCGACGGAAGGAUCAUCUUUGUAAAUGCCUCCACUUGUGACAUCAAUUAUUUACCCAACAAUGCGCCCAUCGUAUUCGAUGUGACGUUGCCGCCAGGAGUUCGCAAGGAUUAGACUCGGCGAAGACUCUUAAUUUUGAUAUUUAUUCACAUUUUGUUGCAGGUUCAAUGAAUUUACCCUCCCCGAAAAGUUUGUACAAUUUGUUUUAAGUUUUAGAUGAUUUAUAAAUCUAUAUUUAUAAGUAAAAAAGUGUGUUUCGGGAUCUUUAAGGUGAAAACUAAGUUUAGUAAGAAAUCUUUAAGAAAUGUAAAAAACCUCCAGAUUCAGUGUCAUAAAUUCAGGUUUCAUUAUAAUUUAAUUGUAUUCCUCCUCAAGGUUUAUAUCUUUCUACAAAUGUUUUAAAUAAUAUGUAGAUGCCCUGAAGUUACCUCAAAUCCUU